UCGGGGAAAUUCAUAGUUUGCGUCAGUUAAAGAUGAGCAGGUUAACAGCAGAGUUGACGCUUGACCAAAUUGAUGAGUGGUUCAGCAUUGGAAAGUCAAAGGCAAUAAAGCUUGCAUCCAUUCCAGCUGGGACAUUGCAGGGUCGGCUGCUUGACCCACAAACCGGAAAGGCCUAUGUGCCAGAGAAACCUAAUUUUGACCGCUACUAUCCAGCAUACAAAAGGGAUGGAACACACCAGCCCUUUCCUGAUGACUAUAUUCAGCAGCUGCGAAGGCAAGAGGAGACCCUUGAGAGACUUCCAGGGAUGUCUCAACCAUCAUUCCUCUGGGAAACUUAACAACAGCAUGGAGCAACUUGACAUUGACAGCACUUUUGAUGGCAGCAUUCAAGUUUCCGGUAACACUGUGCCACACAAUGCAACACAUGUCUACGAUUCAUAUAAUUUCCAGCAUCAAUAUGACCCAAAAUUACCCAUCACCCAUCACCGGGAAGAGGUUGUUGCAAAUAUUGAAAGCAACCAGGUGACAAUCAUUCAAGGUUCAACAGGGUCAGGGAAAACAACCCAAGUGCCUCAGUUUAUUUUGGAUCACUAUGCUCAAGAACAGCGCUACUGCAACAUCGUAGUCACGCAGCCAAGGCGCAUUGCUGCUGUUAGUAUUGCCAGGCGUGUCUGCAAAGAAAGAAACUGGGCUUUAGGCACAGUUUGCGGAUAUCAGAUUGGCAUGGAGAGACAAGCAUCAGAAGAUACUCGACUGCUUUAUUGCACCACUGGUGUUCUGAGAGAAAAAUUUCUUGGCAAGAAGAAUAUGCAUGAAUACACCCAUGUCAUACUUGAUGAGGUUCAUGAACGAGAUCAGGAUUCAGAUUUUUUGUUGCUGAUUGUCAAGAAACUGCUGCGUACAAACUCACGGCAUGUAAAGGUUGUGCUAAUGUCAGCCACCAUGAAUUCAGAUGAGUUUGCCAGCUAUUUCUCCCUUCCUGUGCGGGAUGUACUGGAACCUGCCCCUGUGGUCAAUGUGGAAGGACAUGUCUUUACAGUUUCACAGUUCUUUAUUGAUAACCUCACGAAAUUGGGACCGCUUCCACAUUUUGAAGAAUGCUACCCUCAGUUAUAUCCAGAGGUAGUGGAGAUAGCAAAGUGUCUUGUACAGCAACUGGAUAAGCUAGAGGAGAAAGAACAGGGCAUAGAUCCGUCAACUGGGUUUGCUCCUGUCAGGGGAUCGGUUCUGGUCUUUAUUCCAGGAUAUCAGGAGAUAGCAACGAUGUUUGAAACCCUCCAAACCAUCACAGAUAAGCACAGACUGACUGUGAUUCCCCUUCACUCUACAAUCACACUUGAUGAGCAGAGCAGAGUGUUUUUACCACCAGCCAAAGGAUACAGAAAAGUUAUUCUGUCUACAAACAUUGCAGAGAGUUCAAUUACUGUGCCUGACAUUAAAUAUGUGAUUGAUUUCUGCCUGACAAAAAACAUGAUUUGUGACCGCAAUACCAAUUUUACUCACCUGCAGGUUGAGUGGGCAUCUCACUCUAACUGUACACAAAGAAAAGGACGUGCUGGGCGUGUGUCACAUGGCCGCGUGUAUUUCAUGGUGCCUCGUGACUUCUAUGAUAACUGUCUGCCAUCUUUGAGCAUCCCAGAAAUGCAGAGGUGUCCCCUGGAUUUGCUGGUGCUGAAGUCAAAGUUACUGGAGAUGGGAGAGCCAAUUGCUGUCCUCAGUCAGGCUCUCUCACCCCCAGACCUCAAUGACAUUGAAUGUACUAUUCUCAGUCUCAAAGAGGUCGGGGCCCUUUGCAUUCAGUCUGAGGGUACCAUAAAUCGCUAUGAUGGAGACCUUACCUUUAUUGGCCGUGUCUUGGCAGACUUGCCUGUGGAUAUUCGUGUGGGCAAACUGAUGAUCCUUGGCUAUGUGUUUGGCCUUCUGGAGGAAUGCAUUAUCAUUGGAGCUGCUCUUUCACUAAAAAGCUUGUUUUCCAGUCCUUUCCAGAGAAAGUUGGAUGCCUUCAAGCACAAGCUGAGUUGGUCUGACAACUCCCUGAGUGACUGUCUUGCUAUAUUGAAUGCAUACAGAGUAUGGGAGAAAAAGAAACAGCUGAGGGAGUUCCAGCGCACAGGACAAACGGAAAAGGACUGGGGACUGAGCAACUUUAUUCAGAUCAGGAGCAUCAAAGAGGUGAGCGAGCUGGUGAAAGAACUGGAGCAGCGACUUGAGAAGUUUAACCUGCUAAAGGUGCGACCUUAUUCACAACACGAAGCUCAUGCCCAGGAGUCCACUGACAGCCAGAACUUACUGUUGCUGAAGAUAGUCUUGUGUGGUGCUUUUUAUCCCAACUAUUUCCUAAAAAAGACAGUAGAAGAAGAUGAGGCAGUCAAGUGCCUUUCCAACCAUGACCCACUGAACACAGUCAUGGUACGAGGGCUACCAAAUCAAGGUUUGCUGUACAAGGAUCGUCUGGUUCAAAUAUUUUCUGACUGUGGCAAGAACCCAUCAGUUACUGUUGAAGAGUCUCGGGCCUACAUCAGUUUCCCAUGGACAAACACCUCCUGGAAAAAACAAAAUGGUGUGCAUCCUGCAGUAUACACAGCUAUUAAGAAAAGACAUCUUCGAAUACCUAUGGUACUAGACAGUUAUGAUGCAGUGGAAGUGAACAAAAUGAUGAAAGUUUUGGUUGAGGCACAAGAACAAGCAGCUUCCCAAGGCCUGCUUCGUACCAACAGGAUGGCAGCUGCAGAUUCUGUCUUGCCAUCAGAGAACAUCGCUGUGAUUCCCCACCCAAUAGCUGUGCCAGAACCAUCAAUGAGUGUCCUAGAGAUUUUGAUCACUGAGGUUGUGGAAUUUGGACAUUUCUUUGCCCAGUGCAUGGAAACCAACAGUGUACAAAACUUGAAGAUGCUGUUGGAGAUGCUGAAUAGCCCAGGCAGUCAGUUACAGAAUCUGCAGCAAAGACCAUUUUUGGGCAUGCUGUGUGCUGCCCCUUACUUGGAUGAGGAAGAGUUAUUUUACCGUGCACGUGUGGAGGAGCUGGUGGAUGAUUUGGUUCAGACCAGGAAUGGCAGUCGCAGAAUGACUUGCGCAAAGGUUUUCUUUGUGGACUUUGGAAAUACAGAAAAGAUCCCCCUUGACAGACUAUGCCGUUUGCCUCCUGAAGCAAUGAACAUACCAGCUGUGGCUUUUGAGUGUGAGCUGAUAGAAAUCCGACCAUCUAUUAUCAGAUGUACAGAAGGGAAGUGGUCUCAUGAGGCCAAUCUAGCAUUUCGCAGCAUGGUGAUCAACAAAAAAUUCCUUGUGCAGGUUUAUUCUGUUGUGGCCAAUGUGGUUCGUUUGAAGAUGUUUGAGCGACUGCCAAAUGGAAGGGAAAUUGUUGUCAAUGAACAGUUGGUCAACCUUCAGUUUGCUGACAAAGCUGAGGAACCAUACCUGUCAAAGAAAGACCAUGAGUGGCGAGAGAUGCAGCUUUCAGAAGCCAGGAAGACCACAAGUCCAAUGUCUUCUACCAUGGCCACACAGCCGAUGUUGCGCUUGGAGGUGAAACAGCCCCCAUCGAAUGCCUGUCGCAAAGGCAGAAAGUUUCAUCUUUCUGGCCCAAUGAAUCCUUUGGAAAUGGAGUUCUACAGCAUGACUCAGACUGGUGGAUUUAGAUCUGUGAGGGUGGACCCAGAGAGUGUGAACUCUGCAGCUGUUGACAAUGAGCCGCAGAACCGACACAGUCGCUUGAUGGUGGCAGCUUUUGUAGGUCUAAAUCCUGAUGGAGAUGUGCUGGUGGCAAGGGACACAACCAUAAUGCCACAGAUUCCUGGGCUGCCAGCUUUAGUCUGCCUACUCUUCACACCUACUGCAGAACUAAGGACUGACAGAAAGAAGCAGUACUAUAUUGGUGCACUUUGUGGCUUGGGCUUCAACCCUGAGGACAGAAACCUUCCAUUGCUUCCAGACACAGACAUAGAAGUUACUUUUGAUGUCAGAAUUGAUGAUGAUGAUAUACAAUUGAUCAACCAUGUGCGGCAUGUGAUAAAUAUGGCACUAGGAUCUCGAAGCAAGACAGCUGAGUGGGGGUCUGAAGCAGUGGCUUCCCUCAUACAGCUGCCAUCUAGAGAAAAGCUACUGAGACUCCUACAACGCCGGCGAGAACCCUUGGAGCCACAUUAUUUCCAUAAAUCACACAUAUGGAAUCAGAUCCAUUCAGACGACAUGAUAUACAUGGAGGAGAAUCCAGAUUCUGAUUUCUUGACACUGCUGCAGCUUCACUCAAUGAUAGAGUUGCAGCAACCUGAAGCCCAAAUACCAGCUGAUUUUUGGAAUCACAUUCAACAGCACAUCAGAUACCUGCAUAGGGUGGCCAAAAGAGAAGUAGUUGUGAGGGAUUCAGUCAAGUGUGAGCUCUGUAACAUGGUGAUCGACACACCACACCUGCUGGAGGUCCACCUUCAAACCCAGAGACACAUCAAAAGGGAGGAGAGAGUCAAACAAGCUUUGUGAUAGCUUUAAUAUGGAUGUUCUUCGCCAUUCUUGGACCGUUAUUUGAAAGUGUAGAGACAACUAAGACAGCAUCUUCCUCUAACUGUUGUAGACAGCAGUGUCAAACAGUGUGGAGUCGUCCCACGUGGAAAUUGCAGCGUCAGCAUUUGUAGGGACAAGAAAACUGAAGCCUUAGUUUUGAGGAAGUUAAUCUCACUUUAUUUUUGUGUUUUUCAAAUCUGGAAAGUGAACAGCAAGAAUAAUAAAUUUGGAAAUCUUUUUAAGCAUUUGUGUUAUGUCACAAGUUUGAUCCUUUCUGCAUAAGUACUGCACAGUCGUCCCUACAGACAUGGUGGUGGACAGCUUGUUCGCGUGCCAAGGAAUGGCUGACUGCAAGUGGAGGACUUUGAGCAGAAGCCAUAGGUGUCGGUCAUUUGUCUUUUGCGAUCAGUCGACACGCGACGAUGCGGCAGGAGCUAACAAUAAAGAUGUUACUUUUUAA